AUGACGAAAGCACUUCUUCUUGAACAACCUGACAAUAGACAAAUAGGGUCUCUUGCUGGUCUAGUAGUAGGCGAUGUUCAAGAGGCCGGUAAUGAACGUAUCGACGAUCCAAUCCAUGGUGGAAAAUCUGGAAGAAAAUCCAAUCUUCAAAUGGAUCAGUGGACUGGUAAUACAUCGAUGGCACUGUGCCUUGCUUCUUCCUUGAUUACUCAACGUGCUUUUAAUCCGUAUGAUCAGCUAGUUCGCUAUAAAUGGUGGUAUAAAUAUGGAUACUUGUCACCAACAGGACACUGUCUCGAUAUUGACAAUGUUAUGCGUAAUUCACUGGAAGAGUUUUGUCGUCGUCAAACUGAUUUAAAUAGAUAUUAUGGUUAUCUUACGGAAGAUAAAUUAGAUAGAUUAUCGACCGAUGCAAUUUAUCGAUCAGUGGGAUUUGAUGUAAACUGUAGCCGACAAGGUGUCAGUGGGAAUGCAGCACUUGCACGUCUUGCUCCCAUACCACUCCUCUAUUAUCGAACUCCGGCAGUAGCUGUUGAACUUUCAGGAUUAUCGGCACGUCUUACUCAUGGUGAUGAUAGAAUAAUAGACGUUUGUAGAUAUUUUGGAGCAUUGAUUACGGCUGCUAUUCGCGGCGAAUCCAAAGAAGCAUUACUCAGUCAUCGAUUUUAUGACGAUCAUCGAGAUUGGUUUGAUUGGAAAGAUCUUCAUCCAAAUACAAAAACAUCAUCAGCCAAAAAUGCUCACCAAUACAGUGGAAAACAAACAAGAUUCCGGCUUUGUCACUUUGCCAAAGCUGAUGAAUAG